UUGUUCAUUGUUCCAUAUGCUUUGCGUAUGGAUUACUUGGUUAAAGUUUACUGAAAUUUGUUGAACGGAUUUUUGGCUUGUUGCGAUGAAUUUGUUGAACCGUAUUAUCCUAUAUCUUUAUUGGACCUGUAAUUGUUUGUCAGCAGGAAAGGGAUGGAGGUACUUGUCCUUGUCGCCUGUGCAUUCCUCGUAUGUCUAAGGAUUCCAUUUCACCAAUGUUGAGUCGCAGGAGCAUUAGCUAUAGUUCAUCUGAUUUAGAGGAACUUCUAGAGAUUGAGUCAAGAUGUCGGCAGCUAAAGAAAGAAAAGGACACACUAAUACAUUCACGGCCUCAAAGCUUUGACCUGAUAAGACGGCUGGAACUACAUGUGAACUCCUUAUCAGAAGCAAGCAAGGAAGACAAGCUACGCAUUGAAAGCUUGGAGAAGGAGUUGACAAACUGCACUCAGGAAAUAGAUUACCUGCAGGAUCAACUAUGUACAAGGAACACAGAACUAAACUACCUUGUAGAACACGUUGAGAACCUCGAAUUUAAAUUAGUUCACAUGGAGCGUUUGCAAGAAAAGGCUGGCAAGUUAGAGGAAGAGGUGAAGCGUUCAAACUCGGAGUAUCUUUUCUUGAUGCAGAAAUUAGAUGACAAAGAAAAGGAGCUACAGGAAUCAAAUUCGAUCAUAGAAAAACUUGAGGAGUCUAUCUCGGCUAUGACACUGGAGUCUCAAUGUGAAAUUGAGAGUAUGAAAUUGGAUAUGGUGGCCAUGGAGCAGCGUUACUUAGAAACUAAGAAAGUCCAGGAAGAAGCUCUUAAUUUAAAUGAUAAGAUGGAUAGAUUGAUUGAGGAGCUUCAGAAUGCACAGAAAAAUGUUAAGUCUCUGGAGAGAGAAAAUAAGGAACUUCAAAGAGAGCUGGAUAUGUCAACAAGAAAUGGCUCCACAUUUUGUCGAAGUGUUGAGGAAUUGAUUGAAAACAAGGAGAGAUCACAAAAUACUGUGAGGAAUGACCACGAUAGCAAGUUAACAUCAUUACUUGAGACUAGUUGUGGCGAAGUCUUAGGCCAACUUCUUCCAAAAUUAGCAGUUGCACUAUUUGCAGAUGCAAAUUCAGAAGUCAAAAUGGAUGUGAUGGCAAAGCAGAUACAAGAUUAUGAACUUCUUGUGAUGCAACUCAAGGAGGAGUUAAGAGAGGAGAAGUUGAAAGCAAAAGAAGAAGCAGAAGACCUUGCUCAAGAAAUGGCUGAGCUAAGAUACCAAAUUACUGGUUUGCUUGAAGAAGAGUGCAAGCGCCGGGCUUGCAUUGAACAGGCGUCUUUACAGAGGAUUGCCCAGUUAGAGGCACAGGUUCUAAAAGAACAAAACAGAUCAUUUCCUGUUGCAAAGUGCAUGCGGGAAAUAUAAUAGCUUGCGCAUCGAUUAAAAGCUGCUUGAGAAGGAAUGUAAAUAAGAGGUUUGCAUUGCUUACUAAUGUCAUCAUUCUCAUAACCUACCUCUUUCUCAUUUGUUUGCUCCAACACAUCCUUUGCAAUGAAGUAGCUUACUUUCUGAGUGCCUUUGGUAGAGCCAGAGGACUGCUCAAUUUCACAGCAAAACAAGACAAUGACUCCUAUAUCUUCCUCUUGGUUUUCCCAAAUGUCGUCGUCUUGAUUUGAAAAAUUUUGCCACCCAAGUUUGUAACAACUACACUCGGCCAAUUCAGCUUCUUUUCAGCAAAUAAACAUGCAUUUGAAGAUGAUGAUAAAGAAAGAAAGUAGGUUCCAUAAAUGGAGUUCUGCUAUUAGGUUUUGCUCAUUUUUUCUGCAUUCAGGAAUAUGAAGUAGAUUUGCUUUGCACAUUUCUUUCUGGCAGCUCUGAUUCUGAAUCUUCGAUCAGAGUGGAUCUUUCUCAGGAGUUAUGUGAUGGAAACUUAGUGUGUAUUAACUGUGUUGGUUUGUAUUUCUUCACUGCUGUAGAUAUAUACAUGUGUUUGUAUUUGAAGCAAGAAUGCUGGGAUUUGUGCAUUUUGUAAAAUGGGAAAUUUUUAUAUGCACUCAUUGCAUGUUUUUUUAA